AUGUCCUUAUCCAAAACGGAAACAGAUGUUAUACUAAACAAAGCCAAUGUUGCUUUGGCACGCAGUCAGCGACUCGUCGCCUCAUGGCUACCCCCGAAGACUCAGGAAGAACAAGCCAAUACAAAGUCUGAAGAGGAGUUACAGCGAGAAGAGGAUGAAGUUUUCACAGCUGUGCCAGAAACUUUAGGUGUUGGGGCACCCCUUCCCUCCAAAGCAGCCGAUGGAAGUUGGAAUCGCACGGAACUUGGCUCCAACGAUAAACUACGGAGACAACUUCUUGGGAAGAACUACAAGAAAAUCAUGUCAGAGAAGAAUGCAGCCGCGGGUCGACAACUGAGCAACAUGGGAAGCUCAUCAGGUGCCAGCUCUGCUACGAAUCAGUCCCAGACUAUGGCCGGCAGAGCCUAUGAUGAUGAUGACGAGGACGAGGACGAAGGACGAACGGCCCUGGUCGGGAAGAAGGGCCCGAGGAAAAGAAAAGCGGAGUCUAUUCCAAGGACUCUCGACCCCAUUGUAACUGACGACGAUCGUGGAGAUCAGGGUGAUGACGGUGGAGAUGGUGAGGAUGAGGCAUCGGUGAAGCGAGGAGGGUCUUUAUCACAACAGCCAUAUCGCCUAAAAGGGAGGAGGAAAGCCACGAGCUUCCUAGAUGAGAUUCUUACUGAGCGGUCAAGGAAAAGGAAGAAGAAAUAG